UGUGUGUGAGAGUGUGUGUGUGAGAGUGUGUGUGUGUGAGUGUGUGAGCAGCACUGACACUGAGCUGCACCAGUCACACACAUGCAGCACCACAAUCACACCGUGUUGGUGAGGCUUUCUAUAUUUUACACACACUCUCUCACACACACACAUACACACACUCUCUCUCACACACACACAUACACACACACACUCUCACACACGCGCAUACACACACACUCUCUCACACACGCACACACACACACACACACAGGAAGCUGGUUGUACAGUUGCCAUAGACGGUAGACAUCUGCAAUGUUACAGUUUACUCUGUCUGUCUGUCUGUCUGUCUGUCUGUCUGUCUGUCUGUUUCUCUCUCUCACUCUCCAGCUGUCUGUCUCUCCAUAGGUCUCUCUUUCCCUCCCUCCCUCUCUCUGUCCAUCUGUCUCUCCUUCUGUCUGUUUCUUUCUCCUUCUGUAUCUCUCCGUCCAUCUGUCAGGCCCUUAUGUGUGUAUUUGAGAGGAAGGAAAUCCACACCCAUGCCCACACACACACACACACACACACACACACACACACACACACACACACACGAUAGAACCUAUUAGAACCUAUUACGAUAGGGCCAGAGGUACGCGGAUGUGCACAGAUGUGUGUGUGUGUGUGCGUGCGUGUGGUCGGAACAGAUGUGCAUCACACGGCACUGUGAGAGCAGAGAACAUUAUUGAGCGGUGUGUGUGUGUGUGUGUGUGUGUGUGUGUGUGUGUGUGUGUGUGUGUGUGUGUGUGUGAGUGAGAGAGUGGUGUAACGGAGCUCAUUGAUUGGUCAGAAUCGAUGGUCUGGCCUUUGAGAGACGGGGCAGAGUUGUUAAGGAGAAAGGGCAAGGAAUCAAAUACUACUUAGUGUGUGUGUGUGUGUGUGUGUGUGUGUGUGUGUGUGUGUUUAAUCAGUAUUUGAAACUAUUAUUAUUGUUAUAGCAGGUACUGCAUUGCAGGUCAGAAGACAUUUUGUCCUUCUGUGUGAAAGAGAGAGAGGUGUGUGUGUGUGUGUGUGAGAGAGAGAGAGAGAGAGAGAGAGAGAGAGAGAGAGAGGUGUGUGUGAGAGGGGUGUGUGUGUGAGAGGGAGGGGUGUGUGUGUGAGAGAGAAAGAGAGAGGUGUGAGUGAGUGUGUGUGUGAGAGAGAGAGAGCGGGAGAGAGGUGUGUUAAGAGUUUUAUCUCUCUGUCUGUUUUGAACUGAACUAAAUAGCUGAGAGAUAAACAGGGAGGUUGUGUGUGUGUGUGUGUGUGUGUGUGCGCGCGCGCCUCGCCAGUAGCGUUCUCGAGUUACAGUUGCCGCGCGCUCCUCCGUCGACCACCACAGAUUUCCUGCGUCUCUCUCUCCUCGUGCCGAUCCCUCGCGCGCCUCCUCCUCUUCUUCUUCGUCCUCUUCCUCGGUCACACUCCUCCUAUCGCGCGCGCGCCCGCCGGAGUCUCGGGAAUGUCGGUCCCCGGCAGGAAAGACUUCGACGUGAAGCAGAUCUUGCGCAUCCGCUGGCGCUGGUUCGGCCACGCGACGUCCCCGCCUCCCUGCGCGCAGCAGCCCCUGGUGGAGGAGCUGCUCUCCAGAGCCGCCGGCGAACUCCACCGUCACCAUCAGCACCACCAUCCGCACGCGCUCGGGAGCUCGAGCGCCGCCUCGGCGUGCAGCGCGAGCGCCCACGUCUCCGUCGGCGAAAACCGAAAUAAGUUGAGCGCCUCCGCGUGUCCUCCUCUUCCUCCUCCCCCUCAACCCCAUCGCUCCGCCAGCCAGCAGGAGUGCGGAAGCGCCGCGUUCACGUCUCCGUCGCACUCCGCUUCCGACGUGACGCGCGAGGGCACAGAGCUGGGCGUCGGUGGCGCGAGCCCGGUUAACGCCACCGCGGGCGAGGACGAAGAGAACAACAACAACAACAACGGCGCGAGCAAUAACAACAACGCCGAGAGCGAGUCGAGCUCGUGCAGGACGUCGAACAGCAGCGCGACUCUGUCCUCAUGCGUUUCCAUGGAGCCGUGCGUGCCUGACGAACUCUUCCAGUCGCACAGCCACGCCGAACACACCUUCAAGCGCAUGGAGACGUACCUGAGGACACGCAAACUGUGCGACGUGGUGCUCGUAGCCGGGGACCGCAAAAUUCCUGCGCACAGGUUAGUCUUGUCCUCCGUGUCAGACUACUUUGCAGCCAUGUUCACCAGCGAUGUCCGGGAGGCCAAGCAAGAGGAGGUGAAGAUGGAGGGAGUGGACCCAGAUGCAUUGUGGGUUUUGGUGCAGUAUGCAUACACAGGGCGGUUGGAGUUGAGGGAGGACACGAUCGAGGCCCUGCUGUCGGCGGCGUGUUUGCUGCAGCUCUCGGCCGUGGUUCAGGCCUGCUGUAGCUACCUGAUGAAGCAGCUGCACCCGUCCAACUGCCUGGGGAUCCGCUCGUUCGCCGACGCCCAGGGCUGCCAGGACCUGCACAAAGUGGCCCACAACUACACCAUGGAACACUUCCUGGGUGUGAUGAAAAAUCAGGAGUUUCUGCUGCUCCCGGCGUGUGAGGUGGAGAAGCUCUUGGUGUCGGAUGAUAUGAACGUUCCGGAUGAGGAGACCGUGGUGUCUGCUCUGCUCAGCUGGGUGCGAUACGAUCCCACCAGCCGCCAAUCACAGCUCCCUGUACUGCUUCAACACGUCCGCCUGCCUCUGCUCAAGCCCCAGUUUUUAGCGGACAUGGAGGCCAACCCGCUGCUGAGGGACAGCGUGGAGUGCCAGCGCUUGGUCAUGGAGGCGAUGAAGUACCAUCUGCUGCCCGAACGCCGGCCGCUGCUGCAGAGCCCGAGGACGCGGCCGCGAAAGGCCACCGUGGGGGUGCUGUUCGCCGUCGGGGGCAUGGACGCCACCAAGGGAGCGACGAGUAUGGAGCAGUACUGUGUGCGGCGGGACACAUGGCGGCAGGUGGGCGUGCUGAGUGGGCGGAGACUGCAGUUCGGCGUGGCCGUCAUCGACCAGCGCCUCUACGUAGUGGGCGGCCGUGACGGCCUCAAGACCCUCAACACGGUGGAGUGCUACAACCCGCGUAGCAACACGUGGAGCGUCAUGCCUCCCAUGGCAACGCAUCGCCACGGCCUGGGUGUAGCAGUGUUGGAGGGCCCCAUGUACGCAGUAGGAGGUCAUGAUGGUUGGAGUUAUCUGAGCACAGUGGAACGCUGGGAUCCUCAGGCCAGGCAGUGGAGCUUCGUCGCCUCCAUGGCCACGCCCCGGAGCACAGUGGGCGUCGCCGUUCUUAAUAGCAAGCUGUAUGCAGUAGGUGGGAGAGACGGCAGCUCGUGUCUGAAGUCAGUCGAGUAUUUCGAUCCUCACACUAAUAAAUGGAGUGCAUGCGCUCCCAUGGCUAAGCGCAGAGGCGGCGUCGGCGUGGCAACCUGGAACGGCUUCCUGUACGCCAUCGGUGGCCACGACGCCCCCGCAUCCAGCCUCGCAUCCCGGCUCUCUGACUGCGUCGAGAGGUACGAUCCGAAAACGGACACGUGGACGGCCGUGGCCCCGAUGAGCGUCAGCAGGGACGCCGUGGGGGUGUGUUUACUCGGGGACCGCCUGUACGCGGUGGGAGGGUACGACGGCCAGGUCUACCUGAACACCGUGGAGGCAUACGACCCCCAGACCAACGAGUGGACUCAGGUGGCGCCGUUGUGCUUGGGCCGAGCCGGAGCCUGUGUGGUCGCUGUCAAGCUGUGAUGUUCCGCCCCCUGAGGACUGUUACCGUGGUGAUUCUUGUGCGGUAACCUCGUAGCUUUCUCAACGGAGCGAUCUGAACACGCACACACACACACACACACACACACACACUAACCAGAAUGUACAGAGUUCAUUGGUUUCAGUCAGCCCCUGAUGAUCUCAUGUCUCGGGAUCGUUUUUUUUUUUCUUUCACCUCCUAUUUCUCAUUGUGUGUAAUGGUAGGAAUGGUAGCGUGAGCAACGUGAUGGAUGAGUGAUGAACGGAUGGAUGAACUAGAGGGAUGGAUGGGUGAGGAAAAAACAAGUAAUUGUAGGGUGAACCAUGGGAUGGAUGAGUGAUAGAAGGAAGGAUGGAUGAGAGAAAAAAACAAGUGAUGGUAGGGUGAACAAAGGGACGGAUGGAUAAAGGGAAACAAGGAACAAGAGGAGUGGUGGCGGAUGGAUAGAUGGAUGGAUGGAUGGUGAGGGGAAAAAUCAAGGAAUGGGAGAAAUGGUUGGGUGAACCAUUGUUAGGAUGGCUACAUGCAUGGAUGGAUGGAUGGGUUGGGGGGGGGGGGCAAGGAAUGGGAGGAAUAGGUGGGAGAUGGAUGGAUGAAUGAGAGUACAUGAGUGAGAGAAAUGUUUGGGCAAGAUGGAUGGAUGAUGGAUGGAUGGAUGAUGGAUGGAUGGAUGGAUGGGUUGGGGGGGACAAGGAAUGGGAGGAAUAGGUGGGAGAUGGAUGGAUGACGAGCAUGUUCUCUCCUCCUCUCGUCCCUUUCUCUUCUCUUAUAAUCUGUCUUCCUCUCCUCUUUUCUCUUUUUCUGAUUAUUUAUUUUGAGUCAUGUGCCUUGUUUAUGUACUUUGCAAGGAGAGAAAUAGAUGAACUGCAUAAGUGUGUGUGUGUGUGUGUGUGUGUGUGUGUGUGUGCCCGCAAUGCAGAGGAAAUUUCAAGGAGGAAAUUAAAAGCUCGCCAGCAGAACAUUUAGUGCAGAUCGCGUGUGUGUGUGUGUGUGUGUGUGUGUGUGUGUGUGUGUGACAUUCAGAUUUUUCACAUUUUUUCCCUCAUGUUCAUCGGCUUCAGUCUGUCAGAGUGUCUUAGUCGGGCUGUCAGUCAGAGCGCACGGAAGUCUCGAGAAACCACCGAGUUCAGAACACCAGGGCAGCCGCUGCAAGGCAUUAUGGGCUGUGAAUAUGAAGUUAAAAAGCGCUGAUGCUAAGCUAACACACCUACGACCCGUGCUAUUACUGCAUUAUCCACCUGAAUAAAUAAUGCCAGCCGAUGAAACAUGGUCAUAUGUGUGGAUUAUCUGUCAAUCAAACUGGUGUGCUCUUGUGAUUGGCUGUAAGGGUCCAGACAGUCUAGCCUUGCACGGACGACGAGAUGGAGGCAUGACGAGGAAACGCCGAAUGCAGACAGACAGCGAGACAGACAGACAGCGAGACAGACAGACAGACAGCGAGACAGACAGACAGCGAGACAGACAGACCGCGAGACAGGAGGUAAUUUAGUAGCAGGGAAGAAAGGACGAGACGAGAGGCGGAAAACGAGGACGAUGAUUACGUGAUGAUUACACACACACACACGCACCCAUCAGACACGAUAUAAUCACUCAUGAUUACACACUCGCUGAAUGCAGAGACGGGGAGGUAAAAAACCCUCUGCAUGAACAGAUUCAGAGGGAAUAUUACAGGAGGAACGCAAACACGAGGGCGAACCCGAGCGUUUCGGACAAGCUGUAUUAUUUCACCGCCUUCGCUCGGUAGCUACAGCUAGCGCACGCUAAUCUAGUAGAUAUUUAGCGAUAUUAUAUUCAUUUUAUCGGAUUCGGCCAACCGUGACGCAUCACUGACCAGGAGCACGACCGCGUUCAUGACCAUCCGUUCAUUUAUUUAAGAAAAUGUUUGAUUUAUUUAUUUUUUAUUAUGCGAAAUAGUGUAGCCAUAAUAAUAAUAAUAAUAAUGAUGAUAAUAAUAAUAAUAAUAAUAAGUCUCUAAAGGAUGAUGGAGUUUUUUUGGAUCGUCGCAGCCGUAAAUGUUUGAUGUUGCUGCGACAUUUUUUCAAAAUUUUUUCAUUUUUUGUGGAAAACUAAUUAGUGAAAAUCGCAGUCAUGCGAAAUGUCUUUCGCAGCGAUGUUUGUUGGUAAACGAGACUUUUGAGCAUGAACCGAAGAGGGCUUUGGCUGAACGCGCGUCGUGACGUCACGUGACGCGUCUCGGCGAAAACCUGCGGUCGUUUAAAAAAAUUGCGGCGUUUGCUUGAUUUUGCGUUCGUUUAUAUAAAUAAAUAAAUAUACCCAGACGGCAUCGUUCCAUAAAAAGGCAGCAGUACACGUAGUCAGGAGGCGGGUCUUAUUUACGCUGUAAUCGUAGCAUUUAUGGUUUUUGACCCGUUGCUUUACUUUCUUAAAAUUUUCUCCCAAUUUAUUAUUAUUUUUUUAAUACUAUACCUGUGUAAAUGGUAUAACUUUUUUUUCUUUUUUUAAACUGAAUUAAAUUUUUUAUUUUUUUAUUUUUUUUUUUUUUAAAUAGAUGAACUAGUGUUGAGAUUAAAAGCCUGUAAAUGUCCUUAUUCAGGGACUUGGCACACACUAGGCUUCAUAACAGAGUUAUGGAGCAGAGCUGAACCGCUUUCUCACAGUCUGCUCUCACGUGUGACGCUAACUAGAAAAGUGCAAAUCCAGACCUGACGCACAGCUCGGGUUUGGGAGCACGAGAAGAAAGAAAUCAUGGAUUUUGUCACGUCCUGUGGGUAAUUCUGCGGUUUUAUUUUCUCCUUUAAGCCGAACAAUUAUUUCACGUGAAGAGAAGAUCGAAUCUAGACGCCCGAUGCGAGAGAGGCGCGAUCCGUUCGCCCGAGGCUGUGGCUCUCCGUGAUGAAUUUAAAUGAUGGAGCGCAGGCGUUAUUUGUACACGUUUACGGUGUUAUUAUGUUUACACGCGGUGUGAUAAAUCACCAAAAUGUAAUUUUCUGCUCUUCUGUGGUUCUGUUUGUGUUUCCCACAUUUACAGUCUGGAGCUGUGCGAGUCUGCACACAGACAAAUUACUGUGCAUGUGAGAGAGCAUAAUGUGUGUGUGUGUGUGUGUGUGUGUGUGUGUGUGUGUGUGUGUGUGUGUGUGUGUGUUCGUUCUGUUGUGUGUUUUUAUUGUGUCACAUGUUGAGGUGGAAGUGAUGCAGGGAGCAGAUUAAGUGGCUUGAUUGAUAUCCCAGGAUGCAUUUCAUUCUUUCAAGGAGUGUGUGUGUGUGUGUGUGUGUGUGUGUGUGUGUGUGUGUGUUUGAGGCAGGUGUUUGCUAUUUUCUGAUUCAUUUGGGUUUUAUGUGUAUUUAUCCUGGGAAUACUGGGAUAUACUAUAUUCCUUAUCCUGGGAACACUGGGAUAUCCUGUGUUCCUUAUACUGGGAAUGCUGGGAUAUACUAUAUUCCUUAUCCUGGGAAUACUGGGAUAUACUAUAUUCCUUAUCCUGGGAAUACUGGGAUAUACUAUAUUCCUUAUCCUGGGAAUACUGGGAUAUCCUGUGUUCCUUAUACUGGGAAUGCUGGGAUAUACUAUAUUCCUUAUCCUGGGAAUGCUGGGAUAUACUAUAUUCCUUAUCCUGGGAAUACUGGGAUAUACUAUAUUCCUUAUCCUGGGAACACUGGGAUAUCCUGUGUUCCUUAUACUGGGAAUGCUGGGAUAUACUAUAUUCCUUAUCCUGGGAAUGCUGGGAUAUACUAUAUUCCUUAUCCUGGGAAUACUGGGAUAUACUAUAUUCCUUAUCCUGGGAACACUGGGAUAUCCUGUGUUCCUUAUACUGGGAUAUACUAUAUUCCUUAUCCUGGGAAUACUGGGAUAUAUUGUGUUCCUUAUCCUGGGAAUACCGGGAAAUACUAUAUUCCUUAUCCUGGGAAUACUGGGACAUACUAUUUUCUCUAUCCUGGGAACACCGUUAUAUACUAUACUCCCUGUCCUACAUAACAAACACCUGCCAGCCAAUCAGAAACAAGUAUUUUCCAUGUUUGUGGUAUGAAUGUAAACACAACACAGUGGUGUUAAUAAUUAGGACCUAUAUAGGUCGGCGUACAUGGGUUAUAUAGUCUACCAUACAGAAGAAGUACGUGUAUAUAUGUAGCUGUACAGUAUUGUAUAAUAAAUGUACACUUCUUAUCGAGCAGUGUUGCUCGUUGUACUUGAAUAUAUCCAGAGAUGAAACACACAUUAGGACUGUAACAUCAUGGCGGCAUCAUGUCUUCAAGCUCUGCUUCCUGCCCCUGUCCCCAUCCCUGUACAUGAUCCUCUUGAAGCAGUCCAAUGGGUUUCCACUGGGUUCAAUUCAAAUUCUCAUUUCAUCCUAAACACGCACAUGCUAAACACGCUGCUCCGUCCCACGUUCACGAUGACCGGAGUGUUAACAGUUGAUGCUGUUAAUUUAGGAAUAUUAAAACGUAAUAUCAAGUUUAUUUCCCCUCAGCGAAAACCGGGAGCAGCUUUAUCGAUGUAAAUUGAAUGAACAGAGCCACGGAUACCGUCAACGUUUAAUUCAGAUCUAAAAGUGAUUGAACCGAGGCCGUGAGCUCCGCUAGCCGUUUUACAUUUCAUCUCCGUUAGCUCGUGUGCCAACAUUCAAUUAUGGUUUAAGCUUUUGCCAUAUUGUUGGGGACAUGUUACAUUCAAACGCAAAGCAGGAAGACAAACGCACCGGUGGUUAAAGUCGUGAGAACAACAGAUCUUGUUGCUGGGCGUCUAGGAAACAUGCUAAAUACAGGUUUAGCUAGUGUAAAGCCUUGAAGUUGUUUAUACGGACAACGUAAAGGUACAGUGUCGGCGAAAAUUAGACGGUCCUGACGGGAACGUCAACAUUUACCUCAGAUAUGUCGAUAAAUUAUCAAGAAAAAUCUCCGUUCAGUUACAAGUACACAGUACUUACACGUAGCAUCAACCGCUAACUGAAAUUCCCUGUUGCAUCACAAAGAAGACUUUAAAAGAAAAAGACAAACACGAUUUAAACAUUACCUCAAACUUUUCUAGCAUGAUCCUCAGUCCAUCAAAACAUCAGUGUGUUCUAUCCACCAUUUUGUUCUCCAGAUUACGCAUAACGUUUGUGCGUUGUUUUUUUUUUUUGGUUUGUUUUUGUGUCAUUAAGGAAAGUAUACAAUUCCACGUUUUUGUAAAUUUGUCCAACAAUAAAACAACCAUCUUUUACAUAGUCUUUUACAUAGGAAAUAUGUUAUUUUUAGGAGCAUAAAUGCUGUCGCCUACCUAAACUGCCUUCGCGAAUAAUAAUAAUAAUAAUAAUAUGUAUUGGACGUUGCAGUGUAUUGUAUAACUGAUUAUUAGGACAUGCCUAAUGAGAGAUUUUGUACAGUAAAAUGUAUUGACCAACAGUGGGUUCAUUUUUUGUUUGUUUGUUUGUUAUUAUUUUGAAUUCAACACACUGUAUGGAAAGUGUACUAUAUCUUUUGUGUGUUGUUUUUCUUUCUGUAUAUUCAUAUAUAUGAUUUUUAAAAUACUGUUUUAUAUUAAAAUGUGCAAUAAGCA